GUAAUCGGUUUAGAUGGGUUGUUCAACUUGCAGAUCUUAAAGAUCUUAACUUUGGUGAAUAGAUUCGCGUUUCUUGUUGUUAGAUCCAUAACUCUUUUAUCUAAAUUUUGAAUCUUGUUUCGUUUUAUAGGCGUUCGGCUUUGGAUCUUAAACAGCUGCAGAGAUGAACUAUUGCGGAUACCAGCAGAACACCUUUACGACCUACGAAGACUUGAGGAGCGCCGUUCCCGUCUCCGAUAGGAAAGAUGUGGUUGUUUGCCCUAAACCUAGGCGACUCUGUGGCUUCAACCAUGUCGUUCACGACCCUAGGCCUUUGAGAUGGCAGUUAAGUCAUCAAGCGGAACUGUGCGAUUCCAAGGCAGGGUCGGAACUUCUUGAUCUUAUCCUCACAAAGGGUGUGUAUGGUGCUGAACAGUCGUCGUCCGCCACUCAGUUGGCCUCGUCGCCCCCUUUUUUCAGUGGGUCACCGCCGAGCAGGGCUACCAACCCAUUAAUCCAAGAUGCCCGUUUUGGGGACGAGAAGCUAACCUCGUUAUCACCACUGCAAGGCUCAGUUCCUUCAGGACUUUCGUCGUCACCAUCAUCAUCCCGUAAGGGAGGUUGUGCACGCAUGAAAUUUGGGCAUAAACCAGCUGCUGUGAGAAUUGAGGGGUUCGAUUGCCUUGACAGGGAUAGGAGAAACUGCAGCAUUCCUGCUGUAGCCUAAAAGUAAGAACCCCAUUCUUUCCCAAGUACAUAGAAGAGAUGCU